AUGGAUGAUAUAGAUUUGGCUGAAUCCCUAGAUGUAGCUUCUAAUAUUGAUGCAAUUGAUGUACUCAUUGAACAGAGCCUGCUUGCUGGACCUAAUCAAGCAGACUCAAAUAUAUCCAAUGGAGAUGGGACUCAUACAGCGUUGAAUGAAUCAAGGUCAAGCAUAGAUAACUCAACAAAGGACAAUGGAGAAUCGAAUGUGGAGAAAAUAACAAGUAUGAUGGAUAUAGACGAUCAGCCGGUGUCGGUCGUGGUGGCAGCAGCAACACCAGCAGCAGCAGCAACACCAGCAGCAGCAGCAACACCAGCAGCAGCAGCAGCAGCAGCAGCAGCAGCAGCACUACCGCCUCCGAAAAAUACCCUGUCGCGAGCUAACACACCGGUGCUUGAAUCAAAAUACGACCCAAUUGAAAAAAUUAAAGAUAUUGAACUUAUAUCGGAACUAUAUGGACUUCUCUUUGAUAUCAACAAUGGCAAAAAGCAGCCAAAGGACUUUGAUAAAUAUGCUGGAAGCUUGAGGUUGAAAUUGACAAGAAUGAAAAAUUAUUUACAGGAGAUUGAGGGAAUCAUUGAGCCACCAGAAACAACAAAAGCAAGGAUAAAUACGUUAAACGAAAACAAUGUUAAGAAAAGAGAAUUGUUGGAAAGUUUCAAGUCUAAGGUAGAGACAGCUACUUUGUGA